GAUAUUCGUGACCAGCGUGACGCUGUCAAAUAAACCUCAUUCAUUCCGAAAGUGCGCUUUUCCGAACGACACCCUUGACAAGUGAAUCCGCGUGAGUCGCUCCGGGAUCGAUUCGAGCCGGGGAAGCCUCCCCGGGAACGAUUUAAGAAGAUUUGCUCCUCCGAAACGGAGUCGGGCGUGAACGGUCCUACGCGGCGUAACCAACGUCUGCCUCUCCUCGUACGAUGUGAUUAUACGCAAUACUGAAUUUUACGACUACCACCAGACAUAGUAAAUCAACGGUCACGGCUGCUACAUCGGAAUUGUGUGUGCAUCCCUUGGCUCCAUGGCGGAGAAAAUGUAUUACUGGGGCGAGGAGAAGGAUCAAGUCGACCCCGACCAGACCUUCAUACAGUUCAAGGCCAAAUCGGUGGCGACGGACAAGAAACGCGAGUCGUCUCGCACCUUGCCGAAGAUGACGGUGUCUACCCCGCAGGGUAAAAUGACUGAAAUCAGUAAUAGGGUGGAGGAUGCCGAACGCGGCGGUUGGGACAAUAAACUCGACUUCCUAUUUUCUUGCAUAAGCGUAUCUGUCGGAUUAGGAAAUGUCUGGCGAUUCCCUUAUCUGUGUUAUAAAAAUGGCGGUGGUGCUUUUCUGAUCACCUAUGGUAUUGCAAUGCUGUUUUGCGGAAUCCCUAUAUUUUUUCAAGAAGUCGCCAUUGGACAAUAUCUUGGAGCUGGCGGAAUGUCGCUAGUAGGACAAUUAUGUCCUCUUUUGCAAGGCGUGGGAUAUGCUACGAUGACCAUUGUAUUCUUCCUCGACAUAUAUUACUGCAUAAUUAUUGCUUGGACUCUUUUCUACCUCAUAAGCACGAUCGUGAAUUUACCAAGAGUACCUUGGAAUGGAUGUGAAAACUGGUGGAACACGGAAGAUUGUUACGACGCGAACCGAGAAAGCAUGAGUAUGCACAGCAAAAUAAAUUGUUCGAAUUUUGCCGAAAAUACUACCUGUCAUCAUACCACGCCGGUAGAAGAAUAUUGGGAGCAGCGAGUCCUCGGUAUUACAUCCGGCAUCGACAGCAUCGGCAAGAUCCAGUGGGAGCUGCUAGGCUGCCUGAUUGUCGGCUGGCUACUCGUUUACUUUAUCAUCCGUCGCGGUCUUCAUCAGAGCGGUAAGAUCAUCUGGUUUUCAGCCUUGUUCCCGUACGUGGUGCUUUUCAUUCUUUUGGGAAGAGCGGUGACGUUGGAGGGUUCCUACGACGGUUUGCUUUAUUACGUGACGCCGCGAUGGGAGGAGUUGCUCAAUCCUGGACCGUGGAUAGACGGCGCUACCCAGAUCUUCUUCGCAUACAGCAUUGGCACCGGCGCCCUGCCCGCUCUGGGCUCGUACAACAAGUUCCAUCAUAAUUGUUAUAGAGACGCAAUAAUCACUUGCGUAGUCAACACCCUGACAUGUCUUCUGGCCGGUUGCGUAACAUUUUCGAUACUGGGUCACAUCGCCCAGGAACAGCAAACGCAGGUGUCCGAGGUCGUCAAGAGCGGACCUGGUCUCGUCUUCCUCACGUAUCCCGAGGUCGUUUUGAAGCUACCCGGUGCUUCGUUGUGGGCCAUUAUAUUCUUCGUUAUGCUACUCAUACUCGGCAUCGACAGUGAAUUUUGCAUCGUGGAAUCUUUCAUAACCGGAAUGGUCGACUACUGGCCGGAUAUACUUCGUCCUCACCGAAUCAAAUUCACGAUCGCUAUCUGCCUGAUAAUGUUCGCUCUAGGAAUUCCUAUGAUCACAAACGGGGGAAUUUAUAUUUUCCAACUGAUGGAUUUCUACUCCGCGAGUGGAAUGUCUAUUCUGUGGGUCUGCUUCUUCCAAACGAUCGCGAUAUCAUGGAUUUUCGGGGCGCAAAAGUUCUGCGACUGCGUGCAUCAGAUGAUGGGUAUUCGAUUAAAUAAGUUCUGGUACAUAUGCUGGGUUUUGCUCGCGCCGGUGAUUAUGCUCUUCAUCUUUGUAUUCCAAAUUGUGCAAUACAAACCACUCAAAUAUGGCAGUAGCUACGAGUACCCCACGUGGGCGGAAAUAGUUGGUGUAUGCUUGAGUCUUUCGUCUAUGGCAUGGAUACCAGGAUACGCGUUGUAUUACGUAAUAAUUACGCCAGGAUCAUUUAAAGAGAACGUCCUGAAAGGUCUACAGCCGAAUAUCAAAUCGCAUGCAAAGUUACCAAAGGGCGAAAAGUCAGCCGUGAUACCCAUGUCGGAGAGCAGCGCGGGCUUAAUCACGAAAAAUAACAGUUUCCUGAGUCAAACAUGAUUAGCGUUAGCGAUUACUUCUAACUUGUUAGGUUAUACUUAUCUUAAAAGUAAUAUUUAUAGUAAGAUAAAUAUAUAUAUCUAUAUAUAGUGGGUCCAGCACAAUUGGACAUUCAGUAGUAAUUUGUGUCAAAAUGGACGCGUGUCAAACUAAUCAGUUUUAUAUAGUGUGCUCAGUUAAGCAAUCAUUACACUAUCAUUACAUUAUUAUUUAUUUAAUGAUAAGUAAUAUAUUUCUUUAGCAACGUAUUUCUGGUAAGAAUGUCAAAGAUUCUCCUUAAUUCCUUAAUAGCUGGUUGAUUAUAGCAUUUUAAUAUUAUCAUGUUUUAGUUCUUAUUGCUUAAAGAAAGAAACGACUUUUUCGAAAAGAUUUUCCUUAAGAGAGAUUAUAUAUAAUAUAUACGUGAUAGUUAUAUGCUAAUUUAAUAAUGGAUUAAUGUUUUAAAAACAAAGUAAGAUGUAUUGUCUCAUAAGACAUGUUCGAAAUUCAAUUAUUUAAAUUCUUUGUUAAUAUAAUAUAUAAACUAUGCCAGCUGUUAAUGUUUUAAGAUAGAGAAUUUUAAUCGAAAAGAAACUUAUUUGGUGAUCGCAACUAGACUCGUACGUGUUGACCAAGCUGAUAAGAUACUCAGUAAAGGGUAUAAUAAGUAUUGGAAACGGGACGGGAAGGAAUAUUUAGAAGUAAUAAUAGUAUACACCGCGCUAGUAUUACAGAUAGCUAUUUACGGGCAAUUUGAAAGAAGUAUAUUUUUAUAUCGCGAUUAUAUCGCGAUAAGUAUAUGAAUUUUUAACGGAGAGAUAAAUCGUUUGGUUGAUAAUUCGGCUGGUUUGAGGAAACAGAAAGUUCUGGCAUUCAAGUACGGCCUGCCUAAGGCGAACAGAAAUUUUAUGUUUUCAUCGUUUACUCCAAGUGAUACACUGGUAAAUGUUAACAUAGCUGAAAGCUCUUCCAGGUGAACACGUUAAGAGAUAUGCUGCAGCUACAUAAAAUAGAAACAUAUAGCGUGUAUAGAAUAAGGAUACUGGCACAGUUACGAAAUAUAUUCAAUAUCUGAAGUACAAGUAACAAAAUAAAAAUAUAAUUUUUAAUAUUCGUAUAAAAAUCGAGACGACCCAACGCGUUCACCGAGAAGAGACAUUUUCGAUUCCAACCAGUCGCAAUAAUCAACUGGACUGUAGCAGGAUAAAGAAUAUUUCUAUCACAAAGUUCUAGCAGUUUAAACUGCAUUCAACUUCGACGGCACAAGUUUUAGAUUUUUUCACGUUAUAUAUUUAUAUAACGGAUAUAUAAUGCGUUUAUAAUACGUUUACAAUGCGAUGUAUAGGAUUAAAGAAAAUAUCUGUUUUAUUCUUGAAAUUCGAAUAUUCUUUUCGGAACAUGUAACGCCGGUGAUGUAUUUCUACAAUUUUGUAUCAACCGUUGCUUUACAUUUAAACAGGAAACAUUUGCAAUUAAUUAUAUUUGCAUUUGCAAUUCGCAUUUGCGAUCAAUUACAGUUGAAUAUUUAUAGUGCCUGAAACACUUCUUUGACAGUAUUUGGUAAAAUUAACGUUAAAUUUAUACGAAAGAUAUGUUGUAUAUCUAUAUAUAAUUAUUCGAAAAGAGAUUAAGAUUUUUAUUCCAUGAAAUAUGUUAUCAUAGUUCUCUCAAUGAAACUUGCAACCAGAAUUUUAACUUGUUCGAUCAGUUCAAACAUCAAAGUACAUCUUGUUGGAAAAAUUCCGCAGUACAGAUAUAAAAUUAUUUCAUCGCGAUUUAUUAGUAACCAAACUUAUUGCUCAUGAUUUUCUACUAUUUAAAAUUAUUAAAAUAUUUUUUCGACAUAAAAUAAUUUCUAUCUGAAAGAUUUCUUAUUUGCUCGAUAUACAAAAGCAAUAAUGACGGAGGGAGUGCUUUUUCAACCGGCCUAAUUAAUUGGGAAUAUUUUCUCUUAUUUAGUCCGUAAAGUACUCGUAAUCGCGAACGCUAUUCGUCGAAGUGUUGCAAUUGUUGACGUUGUAUAAUACUAAGAAAUGGCUGAUAGCUUAACGCGAUAUUCGUUUCUAUUUUAGUACCGUACUGUUGCGAUGCGAAAUACUUCCAAUAGUAAGCUAAGAACCGGACGAUAUUAUAAGCCAGUCGGGUCUGCGUUGAACAACAUGUAUCUAUAGUAUUGCUAAUUUGUAAUUUCGUUUAACGAUUGAUAGAUUGGCAAUAUACGAUAUACAUUUUACUGAUUUGAACGGCGACCGCUUGCGAAUGAUCGCAUAGAAUCAGAUAGUUGUACACGCCGGGCGCUAAUCUCGCCUGUUUGAUUAUUAAUCAACAAAUUAUUCAAUGA